AUGGAUAACCGUGGCAAGACCAUCUUUUCCUUUAUGUUUGAUGAUGAUGAUUCAGAUGAUGAAGAACAUCAGCAGAGAGUGAUAGAAACCAUUGUCCACCAUACUUCACUGGAGAAUGAAGCCAUCAAACAUGGUGGGUCGGUAGUCGGCCGUGUGUACAAGAGCCGUGAGAGGGAAGAUCGCUAUUGCAAUCUCAUGUCCGACUACUUCUUUGAAAGGCCAUAUUUUAAUACUACUGACUUUCGUAUGCGGUUCCAAAUGAGGAAAGAGUUGUUUUACCGCAUCUUGAAUGAUGUUGUCAACCACGAGCCAUACUUUCGCCAAAAAAAAAAAGACGAGCUCGGUCAACAAGGGCUAUCCCAUGAGCAAAAGUUAACUGUUGUAUUUCAUAUGCUCGAGCUCAGUUGA